AUGAGAAGCUAAGCCCCGUAAAGUAUAAGAAGCUCUAACCCUUUUAGCUCAGAUGAUGACAUAUCUGACGAUGAGGAAAAACAAUAGGACUAUAUUUAGACAACUAAGCCAUAUGAAGAACAUUUUGAGAAGUUCAGUUAGCAAUUCAACAAUUAUAUUCAAAAGACAAAAGAUUUAGAUUAAAAAUAUCAAAUUCCUCUUGGAGAUACACCCUUUAACAUUCUCCAUUUAAAUGUGAAUCAAUAAGUUCAAAAGUAAGGUUUAUUCGAUGUAAACCAAACAGACAACCCAUUUUAUGACAAAGUUUCAGCUACUUUUACUUACUUGGAUACAGAAAUCGGAAAGAUUACAGAAGUCUUUGAAAGCAAAAUACUUAAUGUGAUUUCUAUGUAUGGUGAAAGAGCUUUAGAUGAUUUCUAAGAUGAAGAAGAGUUUCCUUUGCUUGAUGGUUAAGCUGAAUUUGAAAUUUCAAAGCUAUCUCCAAUUUUUAAAUAAAGUUUAGAUUUGAUAAAGAAAAUAAUGGGCAUUCUCCACAAUUUAAUAAAUUAGUUAAACAUAAUUUACUACAAAAAGAAUGAUUUGCAUAAAAAUAUAUUCAAAAAUGUUGAGUUGAAUAGUGUUUUCUAGACAAUCGGCAAGGGUUUAUCAGUUGUCUAUGUUCUUGACUGUGCGAUUAAUUAAAACAAGAAAAUACGUGACCAUUGGAAUGUUUACAAACGUAUGAUUAAAAUUAUUUAAACAGAACCAUCAAAAUUUGGAAGUGACCCUAAAACUGUUAAAAGAUUUGAAAAAAAUAUCGCACGUCUAGAUAAAACUGUACUCAGUGGUGCUUGUGUUUAGGCAGUGCUUGAACAAAAUUAUGAUGCAAACAAGAGCUUUACAUCCGAUUAGCUUAAAUAAUAAAAUUUGUGUCUUUUAGCUAAAAACAAAGAUUUAAUUGAGCUAUUUGAAAAUUAUUUCAAAUAGUAGGUUGUAUUUUAUAAUGAUAUAUUAGACACUACUUCUGAAGUGUAGGAAAGAAAAGACUUGCUUUACUUCUUAUGCACAUACGCUUUCUUCCGUAAAGUUUUCCCAGAAGAGUAAGAUAAAAAGAUAUAUAAAUCUCUUUGGACAUUAUAGAAGAAGUCACCUGUUCUUGAAGGACACACUCACAUCUUCUGUUACGUUUAUAAGUUUUUGAGAUAUGUUUGUCCUCUCAGUAAGAGUACUACUCUUGACCCUAAAGAGCCUGAAUAAUUCACUAAACUAUAUGUGCAAGAUUUGGAUAUUUAAAUUCCAAAAAAAAUAAAUACUUUUUAUGAGGACUUUUGCUAUUGGAUAUCUCGUAUGGAGUCAAUAUUAACAUCAAACACUGCUUUAGCAACAGGUGAUAAAAGUAAAAGAGAUAGAUCCAUCAAGAUUGUAGAGGAAUACACUUCCUACAGAGUUAGAUUAUUGAUAAAAGCAUUAUAAAUGGCAAGCUAGAUAAAGUAAAUGAUUACAACAAAUUUGAUGCUUCAUAUCAAUGAAGGAAUAGGUUUUACUCCAUAACUAAUUAAGUAUGUAGUAAAAGGCAUAGUUAUGCUUAAAGCAAUUGAAUCAGUAUACAUAUCAAAAAUAGAAGCCUUUUAACCACACAUGCUACUCAAAACUUUAGUAAAGCAACUCCUCUUGAUUUUAGGUGCUACUUAUGAGAAAUUAACUAAAGCUGACUAUAAAUAAAAGAAACCCCUUUAUAAUGAAUUUAGAGCAGCUAUAUAAAAUGUCAUAAAAAAUUUACGUGGGCCAAUAACUUCCUUAAAGAUCUCAACAAUGGAAUUUGCCUUAAAUUUUAUUAUUUCAAACUACAUUACAGAGAAAAAAGAAGGACAAGAUAUUAAAUUUAUAUUUUGGAAAAUAAAAACAGUUUCUUAAUUCUAAUAUAAUAUUUCCAAAGCAACAAACUGUUCUUUCCUAUUCUGGUGCAAAGAUAUACUUCCUUUGGCAAUUAAAUAAUUCUUUGAAAAUCCAAGCCAGUCUAAAAGAUUAAUUUAUCUAUCUUAAGCUAUCAGUGAUACCCUUCCUAUUGUUAAAGCAACUCUUCAUCUAUAAAAUCCUUUAUAUAUGUAUGAGACUUUUAAAGAAGAAGUUAUCACUACCUUCAAAGAUGAAUACUUAACCCCUCUUACUAGAUAAAUUGAAGACUUUUUGAGAAUUCAAAUUCAUGCUAUGCUUAUUGAUAAGGUUGUUGGAAAAAAUCCAUUUAAAGAUGAAAUGAAUAAUAUUAAAAAACUACUCGAAUUAGAGUAGAUAUAAUUCUUUGAUGUUAUAAUUGAUAUUAAGAAGGAAAUUUAGAAUUAGCUGAAUGAAAAAUUCUACAAUUUAAAUGUCUUGAAUAUGCAUGAUAUGGAAACUUAUGAGUAAAUGAGAGUCCUAGCCAAAUUUUACUUUGAUGUUAAUUUGAUCAAUGUUUACAUUCCAAGUUAAACAAUAGAAUAAGGAUAGCUUGAUAUUUUACAAAUUUUAAGAAAUAUCCCCACAUUCGUAGAUACUUAUACUUAUAAUUUGCAUAAUUAAACGUUUACUCAGAUUACUACUGAGAGUAAAUUAGUACAAACAAUUGGAAUUUAGCAGAUUUCUGAUUCAAUUAGAACUCAUGGUCUUGGUAUUUUAAAUACUACUGUUAAUUCAAUCUUUAAAUAUGUUGCCAAAAAAAUUGAAAUUCUCAGUAAUUUACUAUACGAUGAGCUUAUCCUUUAAAAUUUAAUCAGAGAAGAAAAGUGGUUUUAAGAAAAUAAAAUGUAAAUUGAUGGAUACUACCCUUAUGAAAGAGCUAAAAAGUUAUCGAGCACUCUCAAAAGACUAGGUGUAUCUAAAGAAGGAAAUACUUAUCUUGAUUAGUUUAGAAUAUUUAUAACAUAAAUUGGUAAUGCAUUAGGUUUUAUAAGAUUGUUGAGAUCAGCAAGUUUAAACUAUUGUUCAAAGAGCAUUGAAUUUUUACCAUAUCAAAUUGAUUCAGAAGAUUCAUUCUUAGAAUUAGCUAAAUAAGCAAUGAGUGGUUAAGCAACUACUAAAGCAGCUAAAGAAUUAGAUGACAUUUUACUCUAACUUAAGAGUUAUUUUUCUUCUGGAACUGAUUAUUUAAAGAGAAUAGUAUCAACAAUGAGCAAAUAUGCUUAAAGUGAAUCUCAAAAUCAUUUCACUAACUUCCACAUUUUAGUUCCUUGCCUUACAUUAAAUUAUGUCACUCAUGCAUUAAUAUGCAAAGAUAAAAUACCAAUUAAAAAUAAUGUGAAUGCCUUCUUAUGUAAUGAUGGUUUUAUAAUCGGUAUUGCUUAUAUCUUAAAACUAUACAAUCUUGAAGAAAAAUUCCAUUUAAUUCACUGGUAAGAAGAAGUAAGAAAGGUUUACAAAGAAGAAUUGGAAUCUAUUAAAGAGAUUUCUUAGGCUGAUACUACCUAAAUCUCUACUCAUAGGCUUUAAUAGAUGCAACUGGAGAACGGUCUUUCAAUUAAAAAAUUAGAAAGCAACUUGUAUGAGUAUAAUAUGUUCUUCAACACUUUCUAAGCUUGCAAAAUUUUAUUUAGAGAAGAUCCUGUUUGA